AAUAUUCAAGUUAUCUCGCACGAUAGUAUCGAGAAUAAAUGAAGAACCUUUCGAUAAAUCGAUUUAUCUUACCUCGCGGCAUCAUACUCUGCAGUAAAGAGCUGUCAUCGAUUAAAUGGACGGGAAAACAAGUUCGAAUAGCUCCACAGCUUAUCGCCGUGCCAACUUAAAAAUUGCACCUGGCGCGGUAGUAUGUGAAGAAAGUAUUCUAAAAGGAGAUAUUUCUAUUGGUGCAAAAACUAUAAUCCAUCCUAGAGCAUGUAUUCUAGCAGAGGCUGGUCCAAUUAUUAUAGGAGAAGGCAAUAUAAUUGAAGAAAUGGCAACCAUAACUAACAGGUUACCACCCAAUGUUCCAGAACCUACAACAGUACCAGUGCAAAUAAUAGGAAAUUAUAAUGUAUUCGAGACUGAUUGUACCUGUGAGUCAUAUAAAGUUGGCGAUAAUAACAUCUUAGAAGCAAAAGCACAUGUUGGUCGAGAAAUUGAGUUAACUAAUGGAUGCGUUAUUGGCGCUGGCUGUUCUUUGACAGAACAAGAAACAGUACCGGAAAAUACAAUAGUAUAUGGGAGCCAAUGUCAUCGUAGAGAAAUGAAUGACAAGCCAUAUCCACAGAUUGGACAACUGGAUUUUUUGCUGAAAGUACUUCCAAACUACCAUCACUUUCGCAAAUCGAAUGUAAAUCCAAAAUCUGGAGGACCUAUAUAAAUAAUAUAUAAUAUAUAUAUACCUGCUAGAGUAAUAAAAAUGAUAAUGUGUUUAACUUUUGCACUAAUUAGUAUUUGUAUUGAACGAAUUUUAUGUUCACAAUUAUUCCAGCAAUCAGAUAUAUAUAUUUAUUUAUAAAUGU